AUGUCAAGAAAGAGGCCGAGACGCGAAGGGUGGUGGCAACAAGCUGUCGAUUGGGUGAAUAGCAAAGGUGGCAAUGUGCACGAAUCUGUGAGGAUGUCAGACGACAGGGAGCUGUACCUGGAGACAAGUCAACAGGGAAAAACGGAGAUUAUGAGAAUCCCCUUUGCAUGCCUUGUGUCGAAGAAAUCAAUUGAGUCCACAGCUUUUGGUAAACAGAUCGUGGAGUGCGUCGGAAAGGUGGAUUCGGACAAGUUCCAUUCCCAAGUCUUUGAUAUUGUCAUUGCGUUGUACUUGGCAAACUAUUCGGCAACAAGUGUGGGGGGUAACAAAGAAGUGGAUGACACACCAUUUCGACCUUACUUAGAGACUCUACCGGAGAGUUCCUCAUAUGACGGUCUACCAAGGCUGUGGCUCGAUGAUGAUUUGAAAAAUCUCCAGGGAUCGCCGCUGCUACAAAGGGUCAAUGAUCAAAAGAAAGGAAUACGGAAUGACUACAAUUUAGCUCUUGAGGAAUGGAAACAAUCGAGCAAGUUUCCUUCGUUUGAAGCUUUCAGCUACAGCCUAGCCGCCGUGACGUCCAGAGCCUUUGCAGGUUUCGGUUCCCCUGAAGCAAACAAAGAGAGUGAUGACAUGAACGUGGCAAUGGUGCCUCUUCUGGAUCUCUGCAACCAUUGUCGAGGAAAGAAUGAAACAAAGAACCUCUCUUACGAACGUGGAAUGGAUUCGAACAUGGGCUCCGUGAUUGUUGUUACCGCUAGCCGGAACAUUGAAACCGGCGAAAAGCUGCGGAUUACAUAUGGCGCAAGAUCCAAUGCGCAAUUGCUGUACAACUACGGAUUCUGCAUUCCUGACAACAUUGAGCCAGAUGGAAGUGCCAAUGACUUUCUUGAAGUAUCAGUGGGCAAAUCUACUGAGACCAAUACGACGGUGAAGCUCCAAGCCGGUCCAAAAGCUUAUUCGUUUCAUGGGUUUAUCAAUGCUCUCGAUAGCUUUAUCGAAGCCCCUACUGUGGCUCGUGAAAAAGAGGAGGGGGGAGAGGACGAUUUUGACGCGAACGAGAAAGAGUUUGAACGGUGGGACAUGGACUUGAUGGCAUCCUCGGGCGACGGGGAAGAAGACGAGGACGAACAAGCUGAAAUCGAAGACAUGAAAAAGCAGGAAGAGCAGGCUGUUGACCGCUAUUUGAAGGCAUUGGUAUCCUUUGAAAAUCGCAUGCAAGAACUCCGUUCUGCCUACCAUUUGAAGGGAAAGGAGCUCGUCGAUGCCUUGAACGCUCCUCUAGCUGAUCCAAACAAACGACAUGCUGUUCUGCUGAUCCAAUCAGAGCAAAGGACAAUCUACUUCGUGCUCUGCGUGAUCCAUCGACUGCAUAGCUUGCUGAGGAAGACUGGCGAAAGUACCGGUAGAACAAUCACAGCCCCCGAUGGUUCCUUGGUCGGCUCAGACGAAGACAAGAAGAUCCUGGAGGAUCAGGCAAAGGAGGUGUCAUCCGCUUUCUUAUCAAUCCGUCUCCCUGGAUGGAAGGAGGCGCAUCUCUAG